AUGGACGAUCACCAGUUCUUAGAAAGUUUCAAGAACAAGCGUAUACAAAUAACCCUCAAGAAUGCGGUUUACGUUGGCACUGUUCAACACAUCAACCUCCAAAAAACACUGCUUUUGGAGGACGUUAUUGAUGUCAAAAAUGGAAGGAAAUUACAGGGAAGGAAACUGUUCUUUGGUUAUGAAAUCCUGAAUGUGGAAUCCCCAAAUGCCACAAAAAGUGAGCAAGGAAGCAAUGCGGACUGUGACCAUAGCACUGAAGGUCAGUUGACCAUGGCGGAGUUUCAGCCCUACAGGAAGAGCAUAAAGCUGGAUGAUGACAGCGAUGACAGCGAGUACAUAGACUUUGUGGUCAUCGACGAGUUUCAUGAGAAGUUUGGUCCUGCUGUGAUGCAGAUCCGCAAGCAGCAGGUGGUUGGAAUAGGGGCCGAUGGAGUUGGAGUCUUCCAGCAUGAAAGGCUGUGCUGGCUGCAGAUUGCCACUAAGGCCAGGGUGUACUUGUUUGACAUCCUGUUGCUGGGAGCCAAGGCCUUUAAGAAUGGGUUGUCAAUGAUUCUGGAAAGUAACCAAGUAUUAAAGGUUGCCCAUGAUUGUCGUGGCCUAGCCGGAUGUUUGUGGACUCAGUACGGGGUGAAGCUCGCUAACGUCUUUGAUACUCAGGUAGCAGACGUCAUGCACUUUUACGUGGAGACGGGAGGCUUUCUCCCAGAUCGAGUCAGCACCCUGCAUGAGGUGGUGGGCCUCCACCUGAAGAUGGCCCCCUCGUGCCUGGCCUCUCUGAAGGUCAAGGACCAGCUCACCGAGGAGGACAGUAAGGUGUGGUACGUGCGUCCCUGCCCGGCCUCCCUGCUGAAGGUGAUGGCCCUGUCAGUGAUCUACCUGCAGCCCCUGCGGCUGGUGCUGCUGGACACUCUCAUGUCUGACUACACCGGUCGGGUGGACUCCUACCUGGGCCAGAGCCAGGAGGAGCCUGUCCGCAUGCAACCCAUCGGCACGAGCAGCGGUCUGGAGCUUCCCUCCGAGCUGCGGGAGCUGGAGAGGAUGAGGCGGGAGCGGCGGCAGUGGGCCAGGGAGACGUACCCCGUGACCGAGGAUGGGCUGCUGGUGCGCUUCAGCCCCAGGCCUGCGCCACCUGCCGAGGGGCCGAGCGAGGACGGCGCCCCCCAGACCCCACCAGAUCACCCGGGAACGCCGAUCGGGCUGCCCGAGCCCGGAGAGGGCCACGGCGAUGGCAACAUCAGCCACUCGGAAAGUGGUAGCGAUCGCCUAACAGGAAGCCCGGGGGUGACCCAGACCCCCGAGCAGACGGCCUCACGAGCGGACCCCGCGGCUGUGGCGGCAGAAUGCAGACCGGUGCAGAUUCUGGAGCUGGAUGUGGAGAAGGUGACUGGGAGGGGGCGAGGGCUGCAGACAGAGGGCACGCCCGCUCUUGCCGCCCGCCCCUCUGCAGGAAGAGGCCUGUGUCUCCAGAUACCGUCGCAUAUCUCCAGAGAGCUUCCUGGAGCUGGCAAGCCCCAGCCAGUGGGGAGGAUGGCAGAGGCACCUCCAGGCCCAGCCCCGCCUUUCCCAGAGGUCCCAGUGACCUUGCAUUUCCUGUCAGUCACAAUAAUGCAUAAUGAGUUCCACUUCCUGUUUCUCAGGCUGGCGAGGAAGGAACUGAAGGCUGGUCACACGGUAGUCAGGGCUUCCUACCUCCUCCAGCCCUAUAAACUCACGUCGUGUGUGUCCUUCUGUGGGAAGCCGACUAAAGCCCCGGCCGCGCACCAUUUCCCCAAUAAUCAGGGGAGCUCGCUGAUGGCGGAGGACAGUGGCCUGCGCUCCAGAGCUGAAGAUAAGGAGCACAGGCACGGGUCCGCAUGCCAGAUCAGCCCGCCCGGGCGGAUUCGUGUCGGGAUGGCAGGGAGCGCCACGGGGGGGGGGGCUGGCGAGGAUACCCCGUCCCCCCGCAGACCUCCCUCCCCCCGGGAGGAUCGAUGCGCUCAGAUGUGGGAGGACUCCAGAGGACUGCUGCUGUGUCAGAGCAGCACCUGCGUCUACGCAUAA